CGUAUUUCUCUGGGCUGCGUGGAACCGACCUACAUAGCACCUACCUACCUACCUACCUACCUUGGUGUCUGGGUUAGUGUGUAUUAGGUAGGUACCUACCUGCUCGCUCAGAUACAUGGUAUUCGUAAUCUGCCUUUCAUCGGUUGCUCUUGCCACAACAUAUGCGUGGUGGGAAGGCAUCUCCCUCGCAUUCCUUUCUGCUUCUCCUUACCUGACUACCGUAUAUCACGGCACCUCCAAUAUUGCCCACGGCCGAGCGGGGCAUGUGUCGGUUAUCUUACCCCUCCGCUGGCCAUCGUCAAACACCCGCAGCCACCACCACAAUUGCUUGGUCGAUACACACAGACGGCAGACCCGAACGGAACUCCACCACAUCGCACUCCCCCAGACUGGCUCGGCCAGUCGCCGUGCCUCUGUCAACCUCGUGUCACAGCACCGCAACGCUGUCAUGUCACCUUGGGUCACCGCCUCUCCGUAGAGCCAGUGUCAUUCAACAGAGACCCUUGGACCCUCGGCGAGAGAGAGCUGGAACGCGCCAACUACAUGUCAAACCCGUUCGCCGAUGAGGCGGGACGCCCUCCAACGUUGUACCAAAUCACCCCCCG